GAAGUAUCUCGGCAGCUAGGGGCAGCUCUACUUCCGGUCUUUUCCGCCAGGCGGAAGUGGGCGAAGCGGAGAGGAAAAACAGCCCUCCUUUCCGGUGUAGGGGCACAGUUGAAGAGGCGACGAAGGAACGAGGAGUCGUUUGUAAGGAUGACACGACAUGGCAAGAAUUGCACGGCAGGGGCCGUCUAUACCUACCACGAGAAGAAGAAGGACACAGCGGCCUCAGGCUAUGGGACCCAGAACAUUCGACUGAGCCGGGAUGCCGUCAAGGACUUCGAUUGCUGCUGCCUCUCUCUGCAGCCCUGCCAUGAUCCUGUCGUCACCCCAGAUGGCUACCUGUAUGAGCGUGAGGCAAUCCUAGAGUAUAUCUUGCACCAGAAGAAGGAGAUCGCCCGGCAGAUGAAGGCCUAUGAGAAGCAGCGUGGUGCCCGGCGUGAGGAGCAGAAAGAGCUGCAGCGGGCUGCGGCCCAGGACCAGGUACGGGGCUUCCUGGAGAAGGAGGCAGCCAUCGUGAGCCGGCCCCUCAACCCAUUCACAUCGAAGGCCGCCUCUGGGACGACCUCAGAUGAUGCCCAACCUGGGUCCAGUGCAGGCCCUACGGGCAAGGACAAGGAUAAAGCACUGCCCAGCUUCUGGAUCCCGUCGCUGACCCCCGAGGCCAAGGCCACCAAGCUGGAGAAGCCUUCUCGCACCGUGACCUGCCCCAUGUCCGGGAAGCCAUUGCGUAUGUCGGACCUGACACCUGUGCGCUUCACGCCGCUCGACAGCUCUGUGGACCGCGUGGGGCUCAUCACACGCAGUGAGCGCUACGUGUGUGCCGUGACCCGCGACAGCUUGAGCAACGCCACGCCUUGCGCGGUGCUGCGGCCCUCUGGGGCUGUGGUCACCAUGGAAUGCGUGGAGAAGCUGAUUCGGAAAGACAUGGUAGACCCGGUAAACGGGGAGAAGCUGACAGACCGCGACAUCAUCGUGCUGCAGCGGGGCGGCACAGGCUUCGCGGGCUCCGGCGUGAAGCUGCAGGCUGAAAAGUCGAGGCCGGUGAUGCAGGCCUGAGCGCACGGAAGACCAAAUAAACAGGCUUGGACUCACUGGCCUUGUGGUCCCUUCAUUGGCUGCGCCAGAGCCCUGGGGCCACCCAGGUUGCCCUCCACCUGUACCUGCUGCAGCGACUGGAAUCGGAAGGCGUGGGCUUAUUAUGUUGAGAGUAAAAUCCGAACUGAAUGCACACUGGCAGCGUUAACGUUGGGCCAGAAGCCGAAAUCUGAAGCGCGACCACAGGAAGGCACCACUUUAACAGGCUAAGUAGAAACCCCCUCGCAUCUUUUUGAGUUAUGCCAGAUUCGAUGUCCCGGAAUACCUCUCUAAAAGUAAAGUGUGGUAAAACACCCAACGGAAACAAAAUGCGGUGAGAGCCAGCAGCUGCCACCCAGUCUAGAGAAGGCAGUCAGGAGCCCUCCUCCCUGACACCUGACUGCCGGGAGGCCAAGAGCAAGAAGAAAGUCCUUGUCCAAUGGCUUGCAUAGACUGCUGGAGGGGACACAGUACCUGGCAGGUGUGAGGAGCAGAGCCUGCAGGGACAAGGAGGCUGCAGAGCCUGGGGUCUGGGGGGCCUGCCUGCAUUUGUCUUGGAGCACAGGGGCAGCUUUUAAAAGCUUUGUAUGUCAUGACCACUGGCUCACAAUAGCAGCCCUGGACGGUGUGCAAAGUAGCAUACAGAGCUGGGGUAAGAUCAGAAAGAUAAAGACUUAACAUUCCUGCCUCCCCAAGGGAUACCUAGGUUCUGCCCUCCCAGGUCUUCCUCCCAGGUUCACUCCACGGAACAUACUGUUCUGUUCAGUGAACAAUCUCUACCUUUUCACUUCUCUAAAACUAAGAGGUCUCAUCUAAUGCCCAGACCUGAUUCAAAGAACGAGGAAGUAUGCUUCACUGCUCUUCUUCGGUGGAGCCCCUGUCUGGUGCAGGACGUAGUAGUACAUCUGGCUUCAGAGAAAGGUUGUAGCAAGGGGUGGACAGUCUCAUCGUUGCACCCUGGAGAGCCCCUGGAACCCAGAAUUUGCUCCCCUAUAUACUUCUAGAACCUUCCUUUUUUUUUUUUUUAAUUUUUAUUUAUUUAUGAUAGUCACAGAGAGAGAGAGAGAGAGAGAGGCAGAGACAUAGGCAGAGGGAGAAGCAGGCUCCAUGCACCGGGAGCCCGACGUGGGAUUCGAUCCCGGGUCUCCAGGAUCGCGCCCUGGGCCAAAGGCAGGCGCCAAACCACUGCGCCACCCAGGGAUCCCUAGAACCUUCCUUUUGUUCUGAAGAGCUCUCACACCUGAUUCUUGGGACCCCAAUCCCUGGGAACUGGCCCAGUGGCAGCUGGCAUUCAAGGAGCCCUUGCCCUCCAGGCCUGUACAUCUAUAAUCCUCUUGAGUCCUGGCCACAAUCCUGGGAGAAGGAUGCUUGUACCCACUUCACAGAACAGCUCACUGAGUCUGAGAAAACACACUUGCCCAAAGUCACUACUCAAAGCUGUAGCAGAAAGCCAAGUUCACCUAGAAGUUAACCACCUCCAGAGACCUCCCCACCCCCAGUCCUGCCCUUCCUUCCAUUAUCUGUACCUCUCCUCCCACAGGUAUUCCCACAUUAUCACCCCAUAGACCUCUCCCCCUUAGCAAACUCCACCUAGAGUGUUUCAGGUCACCCCUUGAUCCCUAGAAUGCCCCCAAUCUUCAGCCCCUUUCUCAAGAGUCUACAACCACCCCUGGGUCCUUCCCGAUCUCUCCCAGCCCACUCCAGGACUCCAGUCUUGUUCAUGUUUGUUCAGAACACCCCCCCUCCCCAAUAAACGCUUCAAGGAUUCCCAA